GACACACCCUUUACCAUUGAUAUUCAUUUUUACUUUCAUUCAUCUCAUUCUGCAGGUUUGGAUGCUACUUCAUCUAUUGAAUUACUCAGUCAUUUGAAUGAGUUGGCAUACUCCAAUAGGACGGUUGUCCUUACCAUCCAUCAGCCUCGAUUUGAGAUAUUUUACAUGUUUCACAAGCUCAUUCUCCUCAGUGAUGGGAAGGUUGCUUAUCACGGAGUACCUCAGAAAGCUUACAGUUUCUUUGUUGAGGCUCUCAUGAAUAAGUACCUCAAUCGUGGUCUGCUGAUGCCUCAGCUGGAGGAACACAAUCCAGCAGAUAUUAUUAUGGACAUGCUUGGAAAACCAUGGAUGAGAGAAGUUAUCCUAGAGCACUAUCAGACCUCGUCUGAGCCUGAACUGAUAAAGUGGGCCAUUAAAAGAGCUCGUGUCUUUGAUUUUGAAAGUGUAUCAAUUGCAACACUAUCCAGAGACGACAGUAAUGACCUACCUAUGAUGAGACACUCAUCAAACCCAGCACAUAUUAAUACAAAGAAGGCCAAGAAGAUAAGGCCUCAGGCCAGUUGGUUUGCAAGGCUUGCUGUCCUUGAGGCUAGAGCCAGCAAGAGAGCUAGUCUAAUCUGGAUGUUCUAUCUACCUGUCAUAUUCUUUGUCUAUGGAUUUGUUCUUGGUACUACUUAUUUGCAACAAGAUUCUGCUCUUUUUGUAUUGUCUGGUUUCUGUGUUUACUCUGUAGCCAGUGCUCUCUUCAUGUUUCCAGUUCUGCAAAAUUACUACAUCAAAGCAUUAGAGGUGUAUAGAUAUGAGAAGGCUGAUGGUGCAGGGAGGGCACAGGAUCUUGUGUUUCAAGGUUUCUUCCGGUUCUCAACAAUGGCAAUCAUACCAGUAGUAUUCUCUGCUGGAGUCUUAUACCUACUGACUGGAUUGACUGAUUUCCAGAACACAUUGGUAGGUGGUUCAGUUGGCCCUGGUCUAGUCAGGCGGGGCCUGACCCUCGCGAAAGACGGAGAGUCAGGACGCACACGGUCUACCCUUUUGG